GGAACCCUUUCUUUAAAAAAUAAGUUUUAAUCAUUUCAGAGUUUGAUGUGAAUUCAGUUAUUUAUCAUAAAUGGAACUAUUCAUCCUUUGGUUAGAACUUCAGCCUGCUAUGAGUUAAAAAAAAAUUUGGUUAAAAAAAAGAAGUAUUUUUUGGAAAGUUCAUAUUUGAUUUCAGUUCAUUUUGUGGCAUUUUGAAUACUGCGUUUUCUAUGCAUUGGAGCAGUUUAACUCCAGUAAGGGCAGAAGAAUCAGUAAUCAACAGAAUACCAGGGCAACAUCUAAUGAGAAGUUAUCUUCUAAAUGCAAAUAUAUAUUAAAUGGUCGGAGGAUGGAAGGAUAAUUAAAAGCCAGUCGAAGUCUGUGCUGUUCUGCAAGAGCUAUAAUGUUCGUGACACUCACUCACUCCCACGCUUAUUGAUGCUGGAUCACACCUUUCUUCCAGUCGAUAUUUCCAGGCUUUUGUAAUCAGAUGGAGACGCAAUUUGGGGUGAGUGAGUAGUUUAAGACGUCACACACAAAAAAAACAGUGUUCAAUCUUAACCGUUCGAUAUAAAAGGCGCGAGAAAGGGAGCGGAGGCACAGUGGUUAAGACCCAAGCGCAACAGGAGACUUCAGCACCAUGGACAGCACCCACAUCUACCUUCUCACCUUGGUCAGUGCAGCCCUGAUGAUCAACUCCAAUUGUCAGGACGUCGAACUGGACACGCGGUCUGCAGACUACUACAUCAAAGACGACUCGUCUAAUGAAAAGCAACUGAUUGAUGCGCUCCAGGAGGUUCUUGAAAAGCUGAAAAACAAGCGAAUUUCUUAUUACGAGAAAAAGAUCGGCCAACUACCGAUGUGUGAUGCGGGGGACCAGUGUGCCGUGAGAAAAGGCGCCCGGAUUGGGAAGCUCUGCGACUGUCCCAGAGGAACCUCCUGUAAUUCCUUCCUCCUCAAGUGUCUGUGAAAAGCCAAACAGCAAACGACCUUCAACAAAUCUGCACCUGUCUGUCAUAACCUUCAAAAACGUUCAAGAAAAAAGUGAUGCUGACUGAAGACAAAGGACUAAGUCAAAGGAUCGAGAAUGUACUUCGUUGUGACCGUCACAGUGUCUGUCAUGUGUUGAAUGAGGGAAACAAAAUCAGUUAAAUAAGUUUAUUUUGAAGGCAUAUUUUUGUAUGCAUUGGCGUUUCUAAAUUUGUGCUUAGUGUUGUGUGUGUGUGUGCGCGCCCUGUGGUGACUGCGAUUGGCUCCAG